AUGUUUCGCGUAAGUCUAGAACUCGGCGCCCGAAAAACCAGACAGGAAUUUAUAUUCAAACCUCGCGGACCGCGUACUGGUCGUACACUGGUUGUGGCUGCCACAGUUUCGUUCACCGAUGAUUUGGGGGAGGGGGUAGGUAGCUCCGCAUUGCACGCGCGAGCUGGUAAGUUGGUGCAUAAAUCUAGCACUGUCAGUGGGUUGUCAAGCGGGGGAUGGAAAAGGGGCUAUGCAUUGAAGGCAAUAGCUUCGAUGCAUGAGCGCCGUUGA